UUGCACAGCGUGCUAGUUUCGCGCCAGCAUUUUCGCGGGUGGUGACAACUACACUGAUAAUCGGCGAGAAAUGAAACACCCCAAAUAAGAUAAUAUCGGUUAUACUUGCAGUAUAUUUGUGGCGUUCAUGGUAUACUUUUAUUUGAUCGUUUGUAUUCUAUCAGGAGUACUAAGGUGUGAGAGGAACCAGGAUGAUGGCGACGGUGCCCCUGACCAGCUCCAGUCUCCUCCCUCUGCUGGAAUCUCUGGAGGAUAUCACAGCCGGUCAGCCGGAGCAGACAGACGCCUACCUCACCAUUGUCAAUCGUCUCAGUGGGGAUGAUGGAACACAGUUUCUCCCUGCCGUUGUAAAGAACUUUUCACGUUUGGGUAGAACUUUCCAGACCCAUAUCGCCAGUCAGAAUGCAGAGCUGAGCCAGGCUGCACUACAGGCCCUGGGGUUCUGUGUGUUCCAUGCCCAUGUCGCCUCAGCUAUCCCAGCUAAUUUUGCAGAGGAGCUACUGUCAGCUCUUUCCUCUCUGGUGGUGAAGUCUACCGACAAGAACACAUGCACCAGAGCGUUAUGGGUCAUCUCCAAACAGAACUUCCCUCCAGAGGUGGUGGCUAAGAUGGUGCCAGAGAUUCUGAGAACCCUGGAGUGUGUACGGACUAGAGAAGACAUCCAGUCUGUUGUCAUGGAGCAUGAGUCGUUGAAUGUUAUCAUAAGGUUGCUGGACCAGACCCCAGCCCAGAUGGGUGAGUGUGCAGUGCAGUGGGCCAAGCUGGUCAUCCCUCUGGUGGUCCACUCAGCCUCUAAAGUGCGCCUGCGGGCGGCAGCAGCCCUGGAGAUGGGUCUGCCUCUACUAAUGGAGAAACAGAAAGAGGUGGCAGCCAUCAUAGAACCCAUCAUGUCCUCUAAACUCAUCCCAGAGCUCCAGAAACUGUUCUCUACGAAGAACGAGACCAAUGUUCUGAAACUCUGGCCGUUGUUUGUCAGGCUCCUAGGGAAGCUGCUCCAUAGAGGUGGUCCCUUCAUCAACUCCCUGCUUGGCCUGGAGGAACUGGGCUUCCGUAGCUCCUCCCCCAACAUCAAGAAGAUCGCCUUCAUCGCCUGGAAGAGCCUCAUAGACAACUUCUCCCUCAAUCCAGAGAUCCUGUGCAGUGCCAAGCGGCUAAAGUUGCUGCUGCAGCCCCUCCGCUCCAUCCAGGUGAGGACUGAGGCCCUGCUGCUCACCAAGCUGGAGGUCUGGUGGUACCUGGUGGUCAAACUGGGACCCAACCUGCCUGCACACUUUGAACAGGUUGGUGUUCCUCUCCUCCAGUGCACCCUGGGCACUGACUCUGCCUUCCCAACUACACCAGCCCGGAGCUCCAUUCAGAACAGUGCUGUGGGGACCAGUACACAUAAAACUGGUGCCCCAGCCUUCUCCAGCCCUACGGUGAUGCCUCGUUUGAGCCUGAACUGCAGUGUGGUGGCGGGCCAGGCCUACCCCUCUAUACAGCUGCUGGGAUUAGAGAUGCUGCUGCACUACUUCAUGGGGUCAGAGGUCACCGCCGCCGCUGCCAAGAACCAACUGACGCUCAGCCUGGAACCUCUGGUUCACCCCUUCCUGUCCAGCCCCCCCUCCUUCACCAAGCACGGCUCUUUGCUUAUCUCCGCAGUCCGCGACAGCUUCAUCUGCAUCGGCAAAGAUGCCCCAGAUGCCUUGCUUGCCCUUAUAUGGAGGAACCUUGUCAGUUUCGUAAUCACAACGAUUGAUGCUGCUGGCCAUAAGAAAGAGCGCCAGGGCUCUGAGCUCCUCCCCCUGUUGCUACAGGCUCUACAGAGCAUCAUCUCCUCAGAGGCCCUCCCUGCACACAGGGCUCUGAGUCUGCUGGAAAUGACAGUGAAGGGUAUCCCUCAAAGGAUACUGGGAUCUGCCUCUUACCAAGUGGGCAAAAUGGAUCUUUUGAACGGAACCCCGGCUCUGUUCCUGAUUCUCCUGUUCUACAACAGCAGUCUGGUGGGAGGGUUCGUAGAAGAUGAGAGGUUUUUCCUGUGUUUAGAGACCCUAGUGAGCUGUGGUCUCUCCGGCCUCACGUCCCCUCUGGCAUUUGGGGAGGCGGUCCUGGGGGCGGUGGGGCGCAGCGCGGGGACUCUGGGGAAUAAGGAACAGCUGUGGAGGAUGUGGAGUGUGGUGGUCAACCCACUGACUGUUACCAUCACACAGACCAAUGAGGUGAACCAAGGGGAUGCUCUGGAGCACAACUUCAGUGCUGUUCACACUGCCCUGAUGUUCCCCAUCACACACCUGCUACCUGGCAACGCCCUGCCACAUGUGACCCAGAAGUCCAUGCUGGGUACGUGGUCCAGGCUGUAUAAGGUGUUUGCCUGCUGCUCUGCCCUUGUGGCCACGGCCGAGGAGAAUGUCUGCUGUGAGGAGCUGUGUGGCAAAAUGGCUGCCCUAUUGGACAUGACGGCCCUGAGGGUUCCGUCAAUGUUGGAUGCUGUUGCUAACAUCCUCCUGGUCAUCGUUGAGAGUUCUGACUUCUCUCCCUACACUUCACAGUUUCAACAGAAGAUGAAAUCUCCCCACACCCCUCUGGCCUGGGUGCGUAAGAAAAGCAAAGCCCUUGGGAACCUGUCUACCUUCCAGACCCUGCUGGUCCAGGCCCUGGAGGCCUUUAAUGCUGUUGAGGCUCCUGAGACUGUCCCUGAGGGUACAGGCCUGGCCCUGGUCUCCAUCCUCUCUACCCUGUUCUCUAAUCUGGCCCUGGCUACAGCCAUCCAGGAGGCCCUGGCCUCUCUCACACUGCCCCUCACAGCCCUCUAUGAGCAGCCUGGGAGGACUCCAAAUGAGCAGCCGAAAUCCACCUCAAGUCUUGGAGCAAAGCUGGAGAAGCUCCUGGUUGAUUUGUUGGGCUGCCUGCAGACAUGUUCCGCCCUGGCCUAUGAUGAUGAGCUGCUGUCCCUGCUGUCCCCCCUGCUCUGUGUCCUGUUCCUCCACCGGCGAAAGCACAUCCGCUCCCUCGUCACACAGUUCUGGAACGCAACCUUCGCUAACGCUUUGGUCCUCGUCUACCCAGAAGAACUCAAGCCAGUGUUGAGCCAGGUGAAGCAGAACACUCCUAUCCUCCUACCUGGCUUUCAGUCUGUUGAAGUUCCAGAUGAACUCAGUGAACAGUACUCAAGUGAGAGCUCUCAGCUGGAGACCAAGGUGAGUGGAGUGCAGGUGACUCCUGGGGUGAAGAGAGAUUCUCUACUGGUGAGGGUUGGAGAGAUGGACAGGAGCUCCAAGACAUCCAAGCCUGUCUCGAUGAAGCUGGACUUUGGCUCUCCCAAGCCGCCUCGUAGAGAGGAACUGGAGGAGCAGGCCUCUAUAGACUUUGUGUUCAUCCCCCCCGAGACCAAGGAGAGAGUCCUCACCGAGCACCAGAAAGAGGUCAAGAGAACCAAAAGGGUUGACAUUCCUGCCAUGUACAACAACCUGGAUGCUUCCCUUGAUACCACGGUCUUCACCCAGUACACACAGAGUCAGGAGGAAUCACUUGACAAAUUUCCAGCAGUUGAGCAAGCCGAAGAUGUUGAGGUUAAAGCCGAGGUUCCAGAAGAAAACAUGGAAAUGGGGGAGGACGUUGCUGACGAUACCCAGGAAUAUAUCAGUCCAACCAAUGAGACAACAGAAUCUGCAAAGGGAGAGGAGAAGCCUGCUGAUGAGUUACUUCCUGAGUCUGCAGACAUUUCCAUGGAGGAGGAUGUCAAUGAGGAUGUUUUAUUGAAGGAAGACUCUGCCGUGGAGACCAGAGAGGACACCAGCCCUGAUGUCUCUGGUGGCUCUGACAUGGUCUCAGGGACGCCUCAGAAAACCAACAGUCGUCGCCAGUCUUUCAUCACUCUGGAGAAGUAUGCUGAGGGGAAGCCUGCUAGUCCUGCCAGCGUGGUGACGUUUACAGGCCCCCUCACCAGGACGGGUAACAGCCAGGCGCAGGCGGCUUCCUCUCCGGAACCACCGGCAGGGGCCGGCCAGGCGCAGGCGGCUUCCUCUCCGGAACCACCGGCAGGGGCCGGCCAGGCGCAGGCGGCUUCCUCUCCGGAACCACUGGCAGGGGCCGGCCAGGCGCAGGCGGCUUCCUCUCCGGAACCACUGGCUGGGGCCGGCCAGGCGCAGGCGGCUUCCUCUCCGGAACCACUGGCAGGGGCCAGCCAGGCGCAGGCGGCUUCCUCUCCGGAACCACUGGCAGGGGCCGGCCAGGCGCAGGCGGCUUCCUCUCCGGAACCACCGGCAGGGGCUGACACAGACUCACAGGAGACUGAACAAGCAAGAUGUAGAAGCUCCAAGAAUCAGUCUUCCAAAAAUGAGGGAGAGAAACCUGAACCUUCAGAAGACAAAAAGCCAGCUGAGGUUGAGAAACCAGCUGAGAAAAGAACAAGUGAAACCGACGAGGACGACGUCAUCCCAGACACCCAGACUCCGGAGGAAGUUCUAGUUCCUGCAUUUGAAGAAGUAGUAAUGGGAAACAACAGUCAGAAAGAAGAGGAAUCUCAAGGUCUUCUGGAAGGUUCUCCCAGUUCCCAGGCCGAUCUGAGCCAAGGUGAACCAAGGCGGUCCGGAAGGCGGAGGAGCAGGCCACUGAGACCAGGAGAAGAUGCAGAGGAAUGGGAAGAGAAAGACAAACGGAGGAAGUCUCAACCCAAAGAGGCAGAGUUUCAAAUGGAUUCACCAAAGACGGUGCCCUCUCCUGUCAGUCAAGCAGACGGUCAGUCACAGGGUAGAGCCAGUAGGAGAAGUCAGCUGGCUGUUGAUGUGGAGGACCGUGCAAAAGACAAGCUGAGAAAAAUAAGUCACAAGGAGGAGAGCGAGUUGAGCCGAUCAAAUUCACAGGUGGCCACGCCUUCACCUGCUGCUGAUAUCAACAGCCAAUCACAGAGUAGCACGGUUUCAAGUAGAAGGAGCAGCAAAUCAGAGGAUCUGGUCAAAGACAAACAAAAGAGAGGUGUUGCAGAGGAGGAGCUCAGUCAAAGUGACUCUCAAACGGACACCCCCUCUGCCUCUGAUAAUGAUAGCCAAUCACAGAGUAGAUGUAGUCAGAGGAGUAAGUUGGCUGUGGAAGUGGAGGAUGAUUGCAGGCAGAAACUAAGGAGUAUUAGGGCUCAGAAGGUGGAGGAAAAGACGAGCCAAAUUGAUUCACAUGUAGCCAAACCAUCUCAACAAGAGAGCCAGUCACAGGGUAGUGCAAGCUGGAAGAGCAAACCACUCAGUGAUUUGGAGGAGGUUGACUUUGUCGAUGAGGUUGACAAGCAGGAUCCUACUGAGCACGAAAGUGAUUCUCAGAUUGCCACACCCUCUCCUGCUGAUCAAACAGGAGAUGGCCAAUCACAGGGUAGAUCUAGCAGGAGGAGUAAAUUGGUCACCGAGUCAGAAGAACAGGGUAAAGGCAAGCUGAAGAGGAGAGGCGGUACAGAGCUACUCAGCCAAAUUGACUCUCAGACUACACCUUCAACCACACCUUCAGCCACUCCAACAGACAGCCAGUCGCAAGGUAGAGCAAGCAGGAGAAGCAAGGUUCCCAUUGAAGUGGCUGAGGUCAAAAGAAGCCUGCAUUUGGCCACUGAUUCAGCAGCAACACCAGAGAAGAGCCAGACUCAUUAUCAGGUCGCUCCUUCUGCCACCAGUCCAACAGACCGCCAGCUGAGGCCCAGGGGCAGAACCAGUAAAAGAAACAAGAUGUUAAAGGAGCAGGUAAAAGCCAACAACAGCCCUAACCCAACUCCUAACAUGGAGACUGAGAACUCACAGGUGGCAGAUACAGAAUCCUUACAAGGAAGUGGAAGGACUAAAAGGCGUAAUGCCUCCCAGGCCUUACUAGGCUCCAACGUGGAGAACUCUGAGUCGGAUGCUUCAGAGCCCCGGGAGGAUGUCCAGAAAGGCCGGAAGCCCACGUCAGCUGGAGCGGUUCCAAGCCCUCUGGCUACAGUUGGAUCAGCAGAGCCAGGGGCUGACCAAGAGAUCCCAAUGGAUAGUUCUGAAACUUCUCUAAAGUCAGACUCGCAAAACCCAUCAAGUGAGGCCUUAGAAGUUGUCAAGAUUCCACAGGAUGUGGAGGAAGCCCUUAAAAUUGUCAACUCUCUUAAACCUGAAGUGCUAGUUCCAAGUCUUCCUGUGAUAACUAAGAAAGAUCUGGGGCAGAGGGAGACUGACAUGGGGGGUGUGGUUGAGGCAGUUGACCCCUUUGUGCCAGAGAAGGCUGAGAGUGAAAAUGCUAAGCUUUCUUCUCAACAGACGGACUCUUCAGUAGAACCUGAUCUAGAACAUAUGAAAAGCCAGGAUGUGUGUAUGUCUCGACGGAAUAAGGAACGUGGACAUAAAUGGUCAAACAAAGAGAAUUUCAACACAGUCUCCUCUCAGGAGAGUGACCAUGAUGACCUAGAGUGUGACAGGCCAACACAGAUCCAAAGAAAGCUGCUCAAUGACUCUGAGCAGGCCAACUCUCUCACGCCUUCCACUGAAGGAAAUGCCAUCUCUGAAGAUGGACUAAACAAACUAUGUACCCCUCCCAUUGCCAAUGGCCUCCCCACAGAUACUUCACCUACUGAGGCAACAGAGGAGAAAUUGAGUCUUCAGGUCUCUGAGUUCUCAGAGAAGGUUUUAGAUGGGCUGAAGCCUGUCGCUGUCUCCAGUGAGGAGGUGACCGAGGAGCAGAUGGGAGAACACGAGAACAGACAUCCAGAGUCUGCUACCAAUGUUCUAGAGGAGGACCAACUGGAAGAUGUUGGUAGGUCUAUUGGGCAAGCCCAGUGUUCCAAAGCCUUAGAUGAGGAGCAACAGAAGGAGCAGUACACAUCUAUCAAAGAAGGACAGCCAGAGGCUGACAGCACCUCUACUGGAACCAGAGAAACCCACACUGAGCCUCAGGCGGACAACAUUCAAGAUAUCACUCCUCUCCAAGAGAGGGCAAAAACUGACAAUGUAUCUGGCCUCGAGUGUGAAGAGGAGGGUGAAGAAACCCAGAUGGCCAAUAAUGACCUAGCUCUAUCUCCUUUAAACUCUUUUACCCUUGUGCCCUCUGACCUUCACGAAGCCCCAGUGCCUCUACAUCACCCAAGUACCUCUAAAGACAUGUUGUGCCAAGACUCUCCACCCAAGCAGAAGGAUGCUGUGAUGGGGCUGGAGGUGGGCCAUAGCCCCAGCAGUGGCAGGACCAGGGGGUUGUGGUCCCCCUUAGCUUCCCCCUCCACCUCUAUCCUGAAGAAGGGACAGAAAAGACCAAUAGAAGAGGAGAGUCCUUCGCCUUUCACCAAGUCUCGACGAGUAUCAUUUGCUGACCCAAUUCAACACCAGGAGCUGGCAGAUGACAUUGACCGUCGCAGCCCUGUCAUCCGAUCCAGCUCCCCAAGAAACAAAACUACCAGCAGCAGCAUCCCUCAGGCGAAGUAUAUCACAACACCAACAAAGGGCUUACUGAUCCUCAGUCCACGCAAUCUCCGCAGCCCAGGGUACAAGAGCUCCAAGAAAUGCCUGAUCUCUGAGCUGGGCCAGGAGCCGAGGCCCAUCCCUAAGGACUGUGUGUACCCGGCCCUGGUCCGCUGUUCUACCCCUGUGGAAGCAGUGCUGCCUCAGAUCACCUCCAACAUGUGGCCUCGUGGCUUUGGCCAGCUUGUGCGAGCCCGGAAUAUCAAAACUGUCGGAGACCUCAGUGCUCUCACACCAAGUGAAAUCAAGAACCUUCCCAUUCGUUCCCCAAAGAUUUCUAAUGUGAAGAAAGCACUUAAAAUAUAUCACGAACAGCAGCAGAAGGGCCGUAGUGAUGAGCUGAAGAGUUUUGAGGAGAUGGAGAAGCUGACAUCUGAGCUGGAGGAGCCAACUGUUCCUCAGAACCAGGGAGAGGACAAGACUCCAGGAGAUGCCCUAGUCACAGAGUUGUUGGAUGAGCCAGUGUCCAAGGAGCAUGAGGAACAUCCAGAGAGACCGGACCAAAGCAGGCCUGACCACCAGAAGACUGCUGAGGGUGGUCUGCUGUUGGAGGUGGAGUCUCUGGCGGCUCAUCUGACUGGGGAGGGAUUGAGCCACUGCUCCUCUGACCAGCUGGUUCUGAUCCAUGAUCAGCUGGGAGGCAUGAUGAGGACGGUGGUGCUGCAGCUGCAGAGCAGACUACUGGCUCAGGACAGCGGACCCUGAUCCAAACACUAGACAGUCCCAGGGUUUGGAUUACAUAUUUUGGGAAUGCCCCACGUGAAGUCUCUUGAAGAUGCCUAUUGACAACUGUGGGGGGGCGGCACAUUGGUGUUUGAAUUCUUACAGAGGUCUUGAUUUGUUUAUGUGGGGGCCCGGGCCCCCCAGCCCCCAUCAAGGUUUCCCCUCUCACACUCCAACUCUUAAGAUGUAAGAGUUAACCAAGUACUACACCACAAGGCCACCAGGAUCUGUUUGGAUUGUGUUUUUAAACCCUUUUUCCUUGUCCUCUCUGAUGGCUGAGGGAGACAUUUUUAUAAAUGCUAGUUCAGGCUAAAAAGUGGUGGCGAUUAGUUGUCAUGACAAGAGUGAAAGCGAAGCAUGGUCUCUGAUUGGCUAUACCAAGGCUUUGCCAGGAAGUGAUAUUUUAACCAUACAUUGUGGUCCGGAGGAUGGCACUUUUUACAUUGUGUACCUAUUAAAUAAAGGUUUGAAAGAUG